UAACAACGCUAUACAUGAACGCUAACCGAAGAUGCUUAUGAUGUACUGGCACGGCCUCGUUAUAUACACGUUACAUCACCGCGCUGACAGACGGCAACAAUCUAUGAGGCGUGAUUAACAAUCAACGGUCAUUUUCAAAAAUUCGGACGUUACGCGUGACGCCACGCCGAGCAUAUGCUGAGGUCAUUUCCUGUUUGUGUUCCCGUGGAGUCGCUAGACGGAGGCCUAUUCGCGAGAUCAGCACGGGCACGGCGAGGGGUUUAAAAGCGUUAAACGCGUCAACAAGGUGUUGUGGGAUGAGUGUGGGCGACCGGGCUCGUGUUUUGGGUGACUGAGGGGGAGUUUGUGAGGAGAAUCGGGAGCGCGGGUGUUGUUAUUUUUCGGGGCAGCUGUGAGUGAUCAUUGGCAGAGUUCAAUACAUAGCAGCUCGCUCGCGAGGGGAAUAAACAAACACUUAACACCUCCAAACACCUUGUUUUCGCCUCACAUGGAUUUUUGAGGAUCUACACACUGCAUUGGACCAACACAUCACAAGAGAAUAAAAGUGCAGGUGAGUGAGGCUUUUUGUUUCUAAACACCUGCCUGACCCAAGACCCUCUCAACCUCCCGGCCACCCUGUCCUGAGCCCCACACAGCCCCUAACCCAGCAUGAACGAGGUCAGCAUCAUUAGAGAGGGCUGGCUCCACAAGAGAGGUGAAUACAUUAAGACUUGGAGGCCCCGGUAUUUCAUCCUAAAGAGUGAUGGCUCUUUCAUCGGCUACAAGGAGAAGCCUGAGACAUCAGACCACAAUCAGCCACCUCUCAACAACUUCUCAGUCGCAGAGUGUCAGCUGAUGAAGACUGAAAGGCCUCGGCCGAACACGUUUGUCAUCCGCUGCUUACAAUGGACCACUGUGAUUGAGCGCACCUUCCAUGUGGACAGCAAUGCUGAAAGAGAGGAGUGGAUACGGGCAAUCCAGGCAGUAGCCAAUGGGCUCAAGUCCCGGGAAGAUGAGGAGCCAAUGGAGUUUGGUUCCCCUGGAGACAACAGCCUGGAGGGAAUGGAGGCUGCCAUAGCAAAGUCCCGCACCAAAGUGACAAUGAGUGAUUUUGACUACCUAAAGCUGCUGGGUAAGGGCACGUUUGGAAAGGUGAUUCUGGUAAGGGAAAAGGCCACUGGCAUGUACUACGCCAUGAAGAUCUUGCGCAAGGAGGUCAUAAUAGCUAAGGAUGAGGUUGCACACACAAUCACAGAAAGCCGAGUCCUACAGAACACACGGCACCCUUUCCUUACGACACUAAAAUACGCCUUCCAAACACGUGACCGGCUGUGUUUCGUUAUGGAGUAUGCAAAUGGAGGCGAGCUAUUCUUCCACUUGUCGCGAGAGCGUGUGUUUACUGAGGACAGAGCUCGCUUUUACGGGGCUGAAAUAGUUUCGGCACUAGAGUAUCUGCACUCUAAAGAUGUCGUCUACAGGGACCUAAAGCUGGAGAAUCUAAUGCUGGAUAAAGAUGGUCACAUUAAAAUCACGGACUUUGGCUUGUGUAAAGAGGGCAUUACUAAUGAGGCCACCAUGAAGACAUUCUGUGGGACACCAGAGUAUCUCGCUCCUGAGGUAUUAGAAGACAACGAUUACGGCCGUGCGGUUGACUGGUGGGGUCUGGGAGUGGUCAUGUAUGAAAUGAUGUGUGGUCGGCUGCCCUUCUACAACCAGGACCACGAACGUCUGUUUGAACUCAUAUUAAUGGAGGAGAUUCGUUUCCCCAGAAACCUCUCACCCGAGGCCAAAGCCCUGCUCGCUGGCCUUCUCAAGAAAGACCCCAAACAGAGGCUCGGAGGAAGUCCAGAAGAUGCCAAAGAAGUGAUGACACACAAGUUCUUCAAUUCCAUCAACUGGCAAGAUGUCCUUGAAAAGAAGCUCAUCCCACCUUUCAAGCCACAAGUGACCUCAGAAACAGACACACGCUACUUUGAUGACGAGUUCACUGCACAGACCAUUACUGUCACGCCACCUGACCAAUAUGACAGCCUUGACGCAGAGGACCCAGACACACGCACACACUUCUCGCAGUUCUCCUACUCAGCCAGUGUGAGGGAGUGACCAUCCCCCCCACUCUCUCGCUUUUACCAGCAGUCCGGACGCCCCUCACAUACACACACACAAACUCGAGCGCAUACAAGGACAUGCAGCACCAGCAACCCCAGACCUCAGAUGAGCGGGUUCUAGCAGAGCACAGCACCUGUGAACGGUCCCGAACAGGCGGUACCCUCUGGCCAGUCCUGGUUUCUGAUUGGCUCUCCAAUUAGCCAAUCAUAGCCUGACACUACACACUGCAACAUAAUCCACCAAUCAUUGAAUACAGACCAUUCAACCAAUCAGGUACCAAGAAGAAUGCAGCUUAACACCAGCAGGUUUCAGGACACACCCGCACAUGCACACUCAAAACACUGGACUACAGGACAAACGCCUCUUGUAAACACAAAUAUUGAACACACUCUAAAUCAUCAUGUGGGAACAAGAAACACGGAAUAAUUUGGACUUCUCCCACUGAUUGUUACAGUUUUAAAGCCAUAAUUGUACAAGUGCUCUUUCUGGAACUAGCUGUUACCAAUAGUGUUUUUACAGCUGUAGAGAUUGAGAAAAGACACUGAGAUACUGAUAAUGGGGUAACAGAGAGAAACAGUGCUGUUUUUCUGUCUGGGCAGUGUAUGGAAUGCUGUGCGUAUGUGUGUGGAUGAAUUUGUGAGCGUGUGGAUGGAUGCAUGAUCUCUGUCUACAUCUUAAACUGUGUGUCUUUUUGUGUUUUGAUUUUGUACAUGGGCAGAACGUUAAGGAAUGGGGGAGGGCUUGCUAGGGGUUUGGGGGGCUCACACUAUAGAUGUGAAAACAUGUGCUUUAAAGGGAAGAGAGAAAGAAAACUCUAGCAUGUUCAAGGGGAUGCUGUGGUUUCCUCCCCCACUGGGAACCUUGAAAGCAACAUUUUCAAGUUUCAUGCACUGUCUCAAGAGGCCGUUUGUUUCAUGGUGAGUGUAUUGUAGAAACUGUCCAUCAUGUUGUUUUGAUCCUCUUUACAGUUUUGCUGGCAAUGACGUUGAGGUUUAGAGGCAAUCAAACAAAAAAGAUUUGUGUUUCAAGCCCUUUUGACAUGUAAUUAUGAAUGGUAUAAAUUAUGGAUGCCGACAUUUCAUUUUUCACUAGUAAUAAUUACAAUUCUUGAUACAAGUUAAUACGUUUGCACUAAAACGUUAAUUGACAAAUAAAAUAAAUAUAUAUAUGUGUAUAAUUUUUUCUAGUACUUGGAACAUUGCUGAUCUGAAAUUGGAAUUUCAGUUAGUAAAAAAUAAUUGUAGAAAUAUGUUAUUGCAUUUUGAACAGGAGUGUCAGACAGAUCAAUGAGAUAUUCUGUUAGAUAUCAAUAAUUUUGUUUUUUACUAGUUGGAAUUACAUUUUUGAUAUCAAGAAUGGUUAUUUAGCAAGUUAUGUUAACAUUUUUACUAGUGCAAACCUAAUUACUGAUAUCAAUAAUUAACAAUUUCACUUGUAGAAAUUGAAUUGCUGAUAUCAAGAAUUGCCAUUUGAACUUGUGAAAAACUUAACAUAUAUUUCAUAUCCUGCACGAUUAAAAGUCCAUUCGGCUUGCCAUAGAUUUGAAUGUCCUGUUAUUUAACAGCAAGAGCAACUAGGUCAGCAUGUCAGUCAGUUAGUAACAAGAACGACUGGUUAAAUAGCAAAUGUACCAAUGUGCUACAUUGUUGUUGCAGCCUUGACACUUUUUUCAUUUCUCUUUUUAUUAGUGUAGUAAGUCUCACACACACACACACACACACACACACACAAACAAAUAUCUUUAGAAUGUUUGAAAGGAAAUGUUCAACUUCAUCUCUGUAUGUGUAACUUUUGUGUCAUUCUCUGUAUGGAAACUGUUGAAACAUGCCGCUUAGAAGUGUGAGGUGUUAUUUUCUAAUUUUAUUAUUAUUAUUAUUAUUAUUAUUAUUAUUUUGACUUUUUAAAGAUGCUUCAUGUAAGGAACAUCACAUUGUUUUGUUUGUUUUAUUCAUUAUUUGGAUUAAUUUUUCUUUGUCCACCUACUGCCUGAAAUUAAAUUUGUCUUGAUGAAAAUAUAUAUAUAUAUAUAAAAUAUAUAUUACAAUAGUAAACCUUUUGGUCUUUUUUGUUUUUCAUUUGUCUUUCGUGUGUGUGUGUGUGUGUGUGUGUGUGUGCGCGCGGUGUAUAUUUGCAAUCGCAAUUCAUUUAUUCGGAUGACUAUCCUUUUUGUUAUUACAAGAUGUACAUUAGCAUCCCUCUUCUAUAAUCAUACAUUUUAUUACUCAUACAAAAAGGUCUUCACUGAACCCUAUGUGCUUCUAUUGGUCUUACACACUUAUGCUUUGUCUUAAAACGUAGUGAGCUGCCUACCUCCAUGCAGUGCGUUUGUGGCCAUCAUGCCCGAUAAAGCUGUCGGUGUAGGCAGCUCAGUUAGGUUUCGAGACACAACUCCUCUUGCCUUGACUGAGAGAGGCCUCCAGAUGGCGACUAAUACCUGUGUGAUGAAAUGGUACACCGAAGACGCUCGUAACCAUAUUUGACAUGCGCACUCUAGUUCUCACCGUGAUGUUCCAAUAUAGUUUUUAAAAAGAACAUUUGGCCACAUUUUUGAGGGGCAAACAUCUCAAAUGUAUGCUGUGGUAAUUUCACUCAUUUAUCUUGUAUAUAAUGUAUCUGUAGGGCAAUUCAGCUUUAAAUUAAAAUUAUUAUUUUGCAGCUGCAACCAUCGACUGUUCUGUUUGAUUGUGAUGAACAAUCACGAAUGUCAUCACUGAUGCUCAAUUAGCUUUUCUUAGUGCGGGGAAUGCAAAUAUUGGGGGAAACUUGAAAUAUUUCAGCAAACUUCUGAGACAUUUGUUUUGCUAUUGAG